UAUCAUUCGUGAUUUGGCUCUGACAGUGAGAGGAGCACAGUUUUUGAUGCCAAACAAACACACACGCUCGCACACAGACACUCACAUACACACGCACACCCGCUCGUACACACUCACGAAGCAAAUUUGUUGCUUCUAAAGGAUUUCCACAGCGCAAAGGAUACUCUCUACUCAGCUCAAUAUAAAAACGUGUUGCAGUCAGUCGCUUCAUAUCAUUUCUCAGCGACAACUCGUCACAGUCACAACUCAAAAACUUAGUUAAAAAAAUAUAUAUAAAAAGAAAAUUUGUUGUGUCUUAACGAUAAAAAAGAAACGCGAGAAUCAACAACAAACCAAAUACCUCAACAAAAUAGAAGAAAAAAAAUCAAAGUUAAUAAUUUACAUAAGAAUAAGAAAUUAUAAUUGCAACUACCUCAUUUUGUAUACCGUGAACUUUUGUAAACUGUGCAAAAACUACCUCAAAGUACAAAACACACACACACACAAACACACACAAUCCCAACCAAAAAGUGCACGAAAUUAUAUACAGUUUAAAAGUUUAUAAAUAAAACGCAGCUCAAAUGAAAAUUUGUGUUCAGAACUGAAGAAUAAACAUUUGAAGUGAAAUUGUAAGCAAAUUGCUUGCAAUUUAAUUUGCAAGGACAACAAACAUACAACACACACACACAUAACAAACACAGCUAUGGCCAUAUCAAUGCUGCAGGACGCGCAGACACGAAGCCUGGCCGCUGCCUUGGCUGGCAUCAAGCGCGAGGACAUGGUUGUGGAUCGCUCCAUGUCGCUGUCGCCGCCCAUGUCCGCCAAUACCUCGGCCAGCAGUCCAGUGGCCUCAAGCAAUGGCCUCAACACGCACUCGCUGUACCCAUCGAUGGGUCUGCAACAGGCUGCGGCCGCUUCCGCCUUUGGCAUGCUGUCGCCCACACAGCUGAUGGCUGCCAAUCGGCAGGCGGCUGCCUUUAUGGCCCAGCUGCCCAUGAGCACGCUGGCCAACACGCUAUUUCCACACAAUCCAGCGGCGCUGUUUGGCGCCUGGGCGGCACAGCAUCAACAGCAGCAACAGCAGCAGCAGCAUCAGCAGCAGCAGCUGCCUUUGGCCGGCACCCAUUUGCACUCACCGCCCGCCAGCCCGCACUCGCCGCUGGCCAACAGCGGCAAGCAUCCGCUCAGCUCGCCGAACAGUACGCCGCAGCAGCAUCAUCUGGGCCUGGGUCUGGGUGAGCCCGUUAAGAAGGCGCGAAAACUGUCAGUCAAAAAGGAAUUCCAAACGGAGAUUAGCAUGAGCGUCAGCGAUUUGUAUCACACGCCUGGCGGGCCCAUUUCACCGCCCAGCAGCGGCAGCUCGCCCAACUCCUCGGCCCAUGAGGCCACUUCAGGUGUGACAGCAGCAGCUACUGCUGCCGCCACUGCCGCUCCCGCCAAGGAUCCGUCGCGCGACAAGAGCUUCACGUGCAAGAUCUGCUCGCGUAGCUUUGGCUACAAGCAUGUCCUCCAAAACCAUGAGCGCACCCACACCGGCGAGAAGCCGUUCGAGUGCCCCGAGUGCCACAAGCGCUUCACCCGUGACCAUCAUCUGAAGACGCACAUGCGUCUGCAUACGGGCGAGAAGCCCUAUCACUGCUCCCACUGCGAUCGCCAGUUUGUGCAGGUGGCCAAUCUGCGGCGUCAUCUGCGCGUCCAUACCGGCGAGCGGCCCUACACCUGCGAGAUUUGCGAGGGCAAGUUCAGCGAUUCGAAUCAGCUGAAGUCCCAUAUGUUGGUGCACAAUGGCGAGAAGCCGUUCGAGUGCGAACGCUGUCACAUGAAGUUCCGUCGGCGCCAUCAUCUGAUGAAUCACAAAUGUGGCAUUCAGUCACCGCCGACGCCCGCUCUCUCGCCAGCCAUGAGUGGCGAUUAUCCCAUGGCUGCAGCGGCUGUGGCAGCGGCAGCCGCUUUGGAAUGCUCCACCAACAAAUUUGCGGCCAUGUGCGCCAGCUAUGGCGGCUCCGAGGAGUCUGUGGAUCUGGCCAAGAGCAGCCUGGAUGAAGAGGCACCGCUCGAUCUGUCCGAGGAUGGCGCCAGCUCUGUGGACGGCCAUUGCAGCGGCAGCAAUGCGCGCCGCAAGGCGCAGGACAUACGCCGCGUUUUCCGGCUGCCACCGCCACAGAUCGUGCACGUGGCCAGCGAUAUGCCCGAACAGACCGAGCCCGAGGAUCUGAGCAUUCACUCGCCGCGCUCCGCCGAAUCGCACGAACAGCACGAGGACAUCGAUCUCGAUGAGCUGGACGAUGCAGCUGCUCUCUACCUGCGACAGCAGCAACUCCAGCACCAUUAAAGGAGCAAACUCGCUCUCUGUGGGAAAUGGAUGAAUUUGUAUAUAUGGUUCAGAGUGCCGGCGAUCAUCAGAUGAGGCUGGCUAAGAGUUUACGGUACAGGAAUUUAUGUCAAGUACAAGUAGCUUGCAAAACAAAACAAACAACAAAAAAAAGAAAAAAACAAAAAACAACCAAACUAUGAAAAAUUAAAUUAAUUUUUAGUCAUUUAGCAAAUAACAAAUGCAGAUUGCACAUAAAUCAAAAAGCUCCAAAAAAUUGUACAAAAAACACGUUAAGCUAAGACAAAUUUUAGGCGAUAAGAAAACACUCUCACCCAAAAACAAAACGUAACCCAGCUAAUGUUGUGCCAUUCUCAAAGCCUAGUUUUAGUUAUAUUUAGUUUAAAUAUUAUCCUCGGUUGUUGUCCAGUAAUUGUAUAUAGCCAGCGUUUGCAGCUGCCAAUUGUAAAUUAUACAGCGCUCUCUCUCCCAAAAACAAAAAAAAAAAAACCUUUUAAAAAACCAAACAAAAACAAAUCAAAAAACACAUUUUAGUUAUUGUUUAGUCUAAUUUGUACGCAUCUUUUGAUUAUUCUCAAAGAAAACGCCAAUCAACACAAAAAUCAAAACUAACUUUAAGUUAUUAACAAGAAGAAAGAGUAUAUAAGAAUAAUAAUAAAUUCUUUAUAUGUAAUGCCAAUUGUUUUGUUUGCCAUAAAUUAUAAAUUUAAUUAUUUUAUUUAAACUAGCCAGUACGUUUUAUUGCAUGAAUCUCGUUUUAUUGAAAGCAUUUAUUAUCAUAUAUGUCAACAUGAUUCUUACUUUUAGUCAUUUUUUUUAGUCUGCUAUUUAAAUUGUAUUUAAUGAAGCCCCGCCAACUGCUGCCGCGUGCUGUGGGGGGCAUGUUGCGAAAAUAAAAUUGAUAAAAGUCAGCGAAAAAUA